AUGAAGCUCGGCCUCUCUCGCUCCCCAGCCUCGCUGAAGCUCCCUCUGCACCGCCUCUUAUCUCUAUCUCCCCCUGUGUCUCUCUCUCUAUCUAUCUCUCCCCUGCCUCUCUCUAUCUCUCCCCCUGUGACUCUCUCUCCCGCCGACUCUCCUCUUCCUUCAGCCUGGGCGCCGCCACAUCCGGGGAGGGAGUGGGCGAGGCUGCGGCCUAGAGCAGCGACUGGAGCCGGGGCCUGGAGUUACUGGAGCCGGGGCCUGGAGUUACUGGAGCCGGGGCCUGGAGUUACUGGAGCCGGGGCCUGGAGUUACUGGAGCCGGGGCCUGGAGUUACUGGAGCCGGGGCCUGGAGUUACUGGAGCCGGGGCCUGGAGUUACUGGAGCCGGGGCCUGGAGUUACUGGAGCCGGGGCCUGGAGUUACUGGAGCCGGGGCCUGGAGUUACUGGAGCCGGGGCCUGGAGUUACUGGAGCCGGGGCCUGGAGUUACUGGAGCCGGGGCCUGGAGUUACUGGAGCCGGGGCCUGGAGUUACUGGAGCCGGGGCCUGGAGUUACUGGAGCCGGGGCCUGGAGUUUCGAGCCCGCCAGUCCCGGAGCCGCGGGCGGCGGAACAAAGUGUCCGGGGGGGGGAGGAGGCGCGAACCCUGACCCCGGCCCCGCCCGCGGGAGCGCGCACGCGGUGACGACAGCGCCUGACCCCCCCCCUGAGGACAGCAUGGCCGGUUCCGUGCUGGGUGGUGGUGAGUUGAUGACCGCGGCACAAGCUCUCUCCCAGCCGGCUGAGGCCUACGGCAACGAUGCAAGCCUUGAAAUGAUGUGGGCAAUGAAAGCCUAUCAACACGCUGAGAUUUAUUUUAACCUCAUCUCUUCUGUUGACCCACGCUACCUCAGACUGACGAAAGAAGAUGAUCUGAUCUACACGGAGUUCAAGAGACAAUUCAGCGAGAUGAGAGUCGAUGUUCUGGAUCCAGAGAAGCUGAAGUCGGAGUCUGCCAAACUGGCCUGGCGUCCGUUCUGCAUGCAGUUUGAAACCUUGGUUGAAGACUUCAACUAUGGAACGCUUUUGCGAUUGGACUCCUCAAAGGAUUACCAGGAGGAAAACACCAUAUUCGCUACCAGGAUCCAAUUCUUUGCCAUAGAAAUAACUCGGAAUCGGGAAGGUUACAACUUACCGCUAUUUGAAAGAUCAGCAAAAUCAAAAGGAGACGGUGUCAAUGCACAGAAGGCCGAAGCUGUUGCUAAACUGGCAGAAGCAAAGGACUCUGCCCGUACAACGCUUGUGGGGGAGAGGGCCUCCUUGUCCACGUAGCCUGCGCUGGUUUGUCGAGGCCCAGGCAGUUCUGGUGUGCCACUAAACAUCCCUCAGGUGGAGAAAUCCCUAUGUGCACAGGCAGAUCAGCGACCAAUGCAGCAUCACAGCCCACCGCAGAACCUGGACUCGAGAAACUUGUAUCAUUCAGACAACAGGCAUCAAGAAUGCUCUUGAGGAUUGAAACAGUACAGCUGUGUGGUCAAUUGAUAGAUUUUCUUUUAAACAAGGACUCUGGGGGGGAAAAAUAGCUCAGCUGCAGAGUUGUCCACUUAAGAUGUAACAAAAAGCAAGGUUCUGGAGGAACUCUGCAAACCAGGGUGAGGGUACA